GUUUACGUGUCAUCAUGUUUCCCCUCAUGACUUGCGGCUGUGUUCUCGCCUUGAAACGCAUUGACGUGUUGGCCUUGCGAGAAGGUGACAUCAUAUCAAAUCACUUAGCCGGGCCACUGCUGCAGAAGGACUUCAGUUUCCAAAAGGUGUGUGAUGUUGAGGAAGGUCUGCGGGUCGUACCAGGGGCAGAAGUUUGAAGUUGACGAGCAGCAUGUCAGACAAGUCGCGUCCGUCCUGCAGGUCAGCAAACGCGGCGCUUGUCAUUUGAUAUGUCACGAUGAGGAAGCCGGCGCAUAAGCCCCUCUUGAUGUUCUCCAGCCGCUGAAUCAUGGGAAAUGCGGAAAGCCAGCACGGGGAGCACGCCUUCUUCGGUGCCGAGCGUGGCUAUUUGUCGCGCAAGCAUAUGUCGCGCUCGCUUCGCAUCUCCAACAAGCAGUCGCGGCGCUGCCGGCACGCCUCGUCGGGCAAGAUAGAGCACAGGAACUCGGAGGCCAGCACGCGCUCCAGCAGCACCCCCAGCAUCCCGCAGUCCCUGGCCGAAAAUGGGUUGGAGCCCUUCAACGAGACCAACGUCCUGCCGGACUUCGGAAGCCCCAUUUGGGUGGACCGCGUGGCCAUGAACCUGAGGCCCAUGUCCUUCCACCGCGACCCGGCCAGUCCCGCGGCGCACGGCAACACGAUGCUCAUCACCCUUCCCGGACCCACCGCGGACGAGGUGCAGGAUGAGGACGGAGACGCGGGCGAGGUGACGUACCUGCGGGACCCCCGCGACGGCUCCAAGGAGGCGGCCGGUUUUAAGAAGAAGCGAUCCAAGUCGGCCGACACCUGGCGAGACGACAGCCUGGAGUUCUCCCUGUCGGACCUCAGUCAAGACCCCCUGACCAGCACGGAGGAGAUGAUCACUCCCUGCGCCGAGCGGGACUCGAUGGACCGCGAAGGCCCGCUGCAGUCCAGCCCCGCCGAUCCCGCCGACCGGGCCAACUCCUUCGAUGAGCUGUACAGCCAGAAGACCCCCGGUUGCAGGCAACCACACGGCCGCUACGCCAAGUGGCGCGACGGCAAGCGGGUCGAGGGUGACGACGACAAGACGAUCUGCGAGGACGACGGCAACGCCUACGCCGCCUUCACGCUGCCGUGUCGACGCUCGCAUUGCCUCUCUGAAGGCCUAGGCCGCGGAGCCCAGGCCGCCUUGAGUGCCAGCAUGCGGGGCAGGAGGGCGCAGACCACCCAGGACGUCACCGCCGGCGAGGGCAGCGAGUACGAGGACAGCGGCAUCGACGGGGUGACGGCCGAGGCCGAGUCCCGCCGCUACAAGACCAUGUCGGCCUCCUUCUCCGUCUGCUCGGCGGCCGGCGGCAGUGUGUUCGCCGGCAGCGACAGCGGCAGCAGCAGCGCCGGCGGCGGGAGCGGCGGCGGGACCGCCGACUCCCUGCACUUCUCACAUUCGGCCCCUGGAGAGCAGAAUGCAACUUGUUGCGUCUCAUCAAUUUCUCUCGGCUCCCUCCCCCCCCGCUCAGGCUGCACUCUGUUCUUCUACGAGACGGACGGCCGCUCGGGCAUCGACAACAGCAGCGUCCCCAAGUACGCCAUCUGGGCGGACAACAGCAUCGUGCAGGCGGUCCCCGAGCACCCCAAAAAGGACUUUGUGUUCUGCCUCAGCAACUCGCUGGGAGAUGCCUUCUUGUUCCAGACGUGCAGCCAGACGGAGCUGGAGAACUGGAUCACGGCCAUCCACUCUGCGUGCGCCAGCGCCGUCGCCCGGCAGCACCGGCGCGAGGACACGGUGCGCCUGGUGCGCGCCGAAAUCAAAAAGCUGGAGCAGAAGAUCGACAUGGACGAGAAGAUGAAGAAGAUGGGCGACAUGCAGCUGGCCGCCGUCAGCGACGCCAAGAAAAGGAAGACCAUCCUGGAUCAGAUCUUCUUGUGGGAGCAGAACCUGGAGCAGUUCCACAUGGACCUGUUCCGCUUCCGCUGCUACCUGGCCAGCCUGCAGGGCGGCGAGCUGCCCAACCCCAAGCGCCUGCUGGCCUUCGCCUCGCGCCCGACCAAGCUGGCCAUGGGCCGCCUGGGCAUCUUCUCCGUCUCGUCCUUCCACGCGCUGGUGGCGGCUCGCACGGAGAGCGGCGUGAGGCGACGGGCGCACGCCAUGUCGCGCUCGUGCAGCAAACGCAAGAGCCGCUUCUCGUCCCUCUGGGGUCUGGACACCAACUCCAAGAAGAAGAGCAGAGCCCACCCCAGCAUCAACCAGGUCUUUGCAGACGGAGAAGAGCUCGUGAAAAGGACUGCAGAUGGAAUAUAUGCUGAGUCGGCAAAGGAGCACCAUUCGAGCGAAGAAGCAUCCGGGAAGAGCGUUUCCCGGCCCGGCGCGGAGAGUGACGUUUGGGUGCCCGACCACGUCACCCCAUCAUGGGUGUGUUUGCCCAACGACCAGCCGGUGCUGAGCAUCAUCCAGCCCGGCGAGUCGGCGCUGUGCGUGCUGGAAACCAUUUGCAAGGCCCACCAGCUGGAUCCCACCAAGCACUACCUUCGGCUCAAGUUCCUCAUCGACAACCGAGUGCAGUUUUACAUCCCCAAACCGGAGGAGGACGUGUGUGACCUGCUUUACAAAGAGAUCGAACUCUGCUCCAAGAUAACAAAAGUGGUCCAGUUUGACCGAGAUGAGUCGUGCAUGAUCGGUUAUGGUUUCUCCAUCUCGGUGGUGGAGGAGGACCGAGUGCAGCAGCUUUACAUCACCGACGUGAGGGCGGGCGGGCUCGCCUUUGCCAAAGGUCUGAACGCGGGCGACGAGAUCCUGGAGCUGAAUGGGAAGGAGGCCCACAGCCUGGAUUUCUCCGACAUGAAGGCGGCCUUUUCGCUGUCGUCGCUGGCGUUGACCGUCAGCACGCUGCCGCCGCUGGAGCGCCGCCAGCUAUGCUUCCUGCCGCCGCGGCGCUCCGACGCCGCCGAUGACCCGUACACGGACAUCUUCUCCCAGAGCCAAGAGGAAAUCCUGGACGACAGCGCUGGGCUGCUGCUGGAGAGCUCGGGAGAGAGCUUGGACGACGACUCUGAGAUCUUCGGCCACUUGGAGUGCAGCAAGAACACAGAGCAAGUGUCGGCCUUCUGCCGCAGCCUCUAUGACAUGAAUCCCCCGGAGUGCGCGUCCUCGUCCUCGCCCAGCCCGGACUCGCCUUUCCCGCCGGCGCUCCGGCAGCUCUCGGACGCCGACAAGUUGCGCAAAGUCAUCAGCGAGCUGGUGGAGACGGAGCGCACUUACGUCAAAGACCUCAACUGCCUCAUCGGGAGAUAUUUAAGCCCGCUGCAGAAAGAGUCCUUUCUCACUCAAGAUGAGCUGGAUGUCCUCUUUGGAAAUCUUCCAGAAAUGGUGCAGUUCCAGGUGGAAUUCCUCAAGACUCUGGAGGAUGGAACCCGUCUGGUCCCCGAUCUGGACAAGCUGGAGCGAGUGGACCAGUUCAAAAAAAUCCUGUUCUCCCUGGGAGGCUCCUUCCUCUACUACGCCGACCGCUUUAAGAUCUACAGCGCGUUCUGCGCCAGCCACACCAAAGUCCCCAAGGUCCUCGUUAAGGCCAAAAGCGACCCCGACUUCAAAGCCUUCCUGGACGAGCGCAACCCCAAGCAGCAGCAUUCGUCCACGCUGGAGUCGUAUCUGAUCAAGCCCAUCCAGAGAGUCCUCAAGUACCCUCUGCUGCUCAGGGAGCUCUACUCGCUCACCGACCAGGUUUCUCUCGGGGUUUUAGAGCGAAGAGCCAAAAGCGACCCCGACUUCAAAGCUUUCUUGGACGAGCGCAACCCCAAGCAGCAGCAUUCGUCCACGCUGGAGUCCUGUGAGUCAUUUAUUUUUAUGGCUGAUACGCCGACAGUUGAUUUGAUUGUGAUCAGAGUUUAUACGCCUGCUAUUAAAGGCGCUCCUUUCUCGGGGCGGCGUCGUGGCCCGUGGUCGUCCGCGGCAGGGCUCGGUCGCCACGUCGAUCGACGGGCAACACGGGUGAAUAUUUGGUCUUGUUACCAGGUGGCUGACUUGUCGAUGGGCGAUCUGCUGCUCCACACCAGCGUGUCCUGGAUCAACCCACCGCCUUCCUUAGGAAAGUGGAAGAAAGAGCCCCAGAUGGCCACUUUUGUGUUCAAAACGGCAGUGGUCUUUGUGUGCAAGGAUGGAUCCAAACACAAGAAGAAAAUGGGCGGCUCCCAUCGUGUGUCGAUGUCUUCCGAGGAAAAAGAUCCCUUCCGAUAUCGUCACAUGAUUCCGACGCACGCCCUCCAAGUGAGGCCGCUGGCGAAUGCAGAUGGCGAGGGCACCUCCGUGUGCGAGAUCGUUCACACAAAGUCGGAGUCGGAAGGUCGUCCGGAGAGGGCGUUCCAGCUGUGUUGCAGCUCCCCGGAGAGCAGGAAAGACUUCCUCAAGACGGUGCACUCCAUCCUGCGAGAGAAGAACCGGCGGCAGCGGCCAACAAACAUGCAUAUCGGAAAAGAUCCAAACCUUUUGGUCCAUAUCUGGCGGCGCGACCGCAAGCAAGUUUUUAUGAGGUCAAAUUCAAACCAGUUCCCAAAUUUUUGGGAGGUCCAAGGGACAAAUUUUCGGUUUCAAAGAUGGUCUGUACCCUUGUUCUCAUUGGUUUAUCGUGUCAUUUCCACAGCUUCUGCACCAACCAGAACCCUCGGUCGGAGGAAGCUGGUGCGCAACCGCUUCACCAUCGACACCGACAUCGUCUCUGACGGCGAGCCCGAGCGGGACCUGGCCUCGCCUCCGGAGCCCCGGGACGAGCGGACGGAGGCGGAGCGCGACCGGCUUCUGUCGUCGUCGUCGGACGCCGGCGACACGGACCGCUGGGUGGAAGAACAGUUUGACCUCAAAGAGUACGAAGACCCCGAAGAGGUGAAGGAGACGGACAUCCUGAGCGACGAGGAUGACGGAGCGCGCCUGGACGCCUCCGUGGCCGAAUUGUCCCUGCGAGGCGAGGGAUCGGGGAACGGGCACGGCGAGGCGUCGGCGGCGACCGCGGAAGACCACGACGCGGACCAGACUAACGUUUGGGUGCUGCGAGAGCAUCCGGAAAGCUCGCCCGACUGAAAACUGCGACUUAGUCAUCUUUGGAGGGUCUCCAUGGCGACGCAUGGGCUGGUAGAUACAAACUCUUGUAGUACAAUCAUGGAAUCGUAAUCACGUGCAUUGAUGAUUGGCGAUGUUUGCACACUAGGGCGGCGCUCUGCAGCCCAGCCUGCUGUUGCCAAAUUACACUCGUCACAGGAAGUUGGUGAAAUUGGGCUUUUGGGUGAAAUUUGGAGGAUGAGCCUAAAAUAACCUUUACCGAGCGCAAACUUGAUUUGACCUUGAAAAUUCCGCGUCCCUCUCUAUGCUCAGUGGCCACAUCCCUCUGAGAACAUCGUGUACUUGGUGUCUCUUGGUUUUUGGCUGUCACCUUGGUUUCACGUUGUCAAAAUGCAAACAAGCACGACCUGUUCCGAAUUUUGUCAUUUAGCCCCUAACUCGCCAAAAGUACUGAAAUGAUCUGACAUUUUUUUUUCAAAAGUUUAGGGAAGGUCACCUUUAAAUGCUCUGGUGUAUUUUAGGUUCAUCCCGAAACUUCACCUAACCGCUAACUUUUUGUGAAUAGUCGAUGUAUUUGUGUGACUCAGAUUGGAUUUUUCUCACAGACAUGGAAUACGUAAUAGCAGUUGGUGUGAGGUCGUGCAUCAUUUAAAGGACUGCUCCUCUUUCUAGAAAGUAUUUUCUUUACGUAAGGUAUUUUGUGUUAGAUUUUUAGACCGCUUUGGUUGGCCAGGUACAUUUUUGUAACAAUUUGAAAGUUUAAAGUGGUUUGAACUUAACAUCCUUUUUUUUACUUGAAUAUUUCAUGUUUUUGUUUACAUAAAACGUUUUUCCUCUUUUUGCUCUUCGGUAUUGCCUUUCAAAGAAAACUCAUUUGUCAUGCCCGCUCGUCUCAAUUUGCACAUGAGCUUUUUUUUUUUGUUUGUUUUUUGUUUCAAGAAAAACGGUCUUCACUGAUUACAAAGUACAGAUUUUUUUUUAAACUGUUAUUUAUUGAGUUGCAAAUAUAUUUGUAAGGACGGUCCAAAUGUGCUCGAGCAAUCACAGGAGAGGGAGGAUGUCGACUUUCUGUUCAGUUUUUGGUCCAAAUAUGUUAAAAUAAUUGCGCUACCGAGACUGCGUUUUUAUUAUGACUGUGCCUGUACAUAGAAAAUGUAUUGAUAUCAUAAUUACAGAAAAACUGUUGUUUUCUA